AUGUACUGCAAUAAUAUAUUUUGUUUCAGAGCUCUCCAUCCACCAUGUUGCCCUGUGGACCAGCUUUGACCUUUGUUCGGUGUCUGGUGCGUAAGAAGAAUGUCAAGGGGGAAGGUCUUGAGGACUCGUUGUGCCGAUGCUUAUCUACGCUGGACCUUAUAGCACUGGGAGUUGGAAGUACCCUUGGUGCUGGUGUCUAUGUCCUUGCUGGAGAAGUUGCCAAAUCGAAUUCUGGACCUAGCAUUGUUGUUUCCUUCCUCAUUGCUGCCUUGGCAUCUGUGAUGGCAGGUCUCUGCUAUGCUGAGUUUGGUGCUCGUGUUCCCAAGACUGGUUCUGCGUAUUUGUAUACUUACGUAGCUGUUGGUGAACUGUGGGCCUUUAUCACUGGUUGGAAUCUCAUUUUAUCCUAUGUUAUAGGUACAUCGAGUGUAGCAAGAGCCUGGAGUGGCACCUUUGAUGAACUUCUUGGGAAACAGAUUGGUCACUUCUUCAGAACCUACUUCAAAAUGAAUUACCCUGGUCUGGCAGAGUAUCCUGACUUCUUUGCUGUAUUCCUUAUAUUGCUCUUGUCAGGUAAAAGACAAAUAUCUCGUUUAUGAUGGUUGUAAUGUCAG